UACCACCUGGCCCUUUGUCAUUUCCUUUGCCUAGCAGCACGCUGAAUSUUCACCCAUUUUCCAUAUUUUAUUUCCAAAGUUUCAAGUUUGGAAUAGGUGGCUAAAAACUUAUUCAAAUAGACUUAGAUUUAGUGCGGAUUUAUUAUGUCGGGAUCACAUCCUCAAACGAUUCUUCCCAAACCGAUGACCAACUUUCCGGUAUUGGCUCCUAAGCCAAAUGGCUCGGGCCUCUCUAACGGGGAUAAUUAUGAGGCAGGGGCUACUCAGAAUAAGAGAGAAUUUGGCAGCGGCCAAGAGUCAAGAUUAAUGAACCAGAAGUAUCUGAAUGACGAAGCUUUCCAAAGGAGGACGAGCCAACGCAAGAGAGCUAAAGUAGAAUAUACUGAGGUGGAUGAAAAACUAGCAACAUUAACGGAUGACGAACUUAGCGAUGAUGACAUUACUAUGAAGGUAUUUGAACCGGAGCCAAAAGUUGAGGAAAUUCCAGAAGAAGAGGAUGACGAAGAUGACGAUAUUCCCCAAGGCUUGGAAGGUGCAGCAUUCAGGAGUAGACUACCAUUUGAUAAGAUGACAUCACAGGAAGCUUCUUGCUUCCCUGAUAUUUCUCAGGGUCCUCCACAUUUACAGAAACAAUUCCUGUAUAUUAGAAAUAGAUUGCUUCAGUUAUGGUUGGAACAUCCCAAACAGCAACUACACUUUGAAAGUGGACUUGCGCAGAUAGAACCACCACAUAAUAAUGAUCCCAGACUUGUUCAAAGAGUUCAUGCAUUUCUGGAAAGAUAUGGCUCCAUUAACUUUGGUGUCUAUCAGAUGACCAAGAAACCACCUAACUUGAAAAAAGCACCAAAAGUAAUAGUUGUAGGAGCAGGGAUAUCUGGUCUUAUGGCUGCACGUCAGUUACAGAGCUUUGGUAUUGAUGUUACUAUAGUCGAAGCAAGAGAACGCGUUGGUGGUCGUGUAGCCACAUUUCGUGAAGGCCAGUUCAUAGCUGAUCUAGGUGCCAUGGUACUUACUGGACUUGGUGGAAACCCACUCACAGUCCUUGCAAACCAAAUAAACAUGGAGUUACAUAAGAUAAAACAGAAAUGUCCACUUUACGAAACCAUUGGAAAACCGGCCGUAAGAGAUCAUAAUUGGGUGUACAAAACAAGUGGAUCUCAAGCAAUUAGGGUUCCUAAGGAUAAGGAUGAAAUGGUUGAGAGGGAAUUCAACCGACUAUUGGAAGCAACAUCAUUUCUGUCGCAUCAUUUAGAUUUUAAUUAUAUGAAUGGGAAGCCUGUGUCUUUGGGCCAUGCACUAGAGCUAGUGAUAAAGUUACAAGAAAAACAAGUGAAAGAACAACAGAUAGAACAUUCGAAAAAGAUUCUUGGAAUUCAAGACUUGAUGAAAGAAAACUUGGCAAAGAUGUUAUCUCUACAAGACAAAGGACGACAAACACAUAACGAACACCAGGAUGCCAUAAAGAAAAAGAAUCAGACAAACACUGGGGAUGUUACGACAGAAUUUUUGAUCAAAAGCAAGCAAAGAGAUCUCAAUGCAAUCUGCAGGGAGUAUGAUGAGUUAGCUGAGGAACAACAGCGUCUUGAUGAAAAACUAGAAGAACUGGAGAACAAUCCCCCAAGUGAUGUUUACCUAUCUUCAAGAGAUCGGCAAAUCCUUGACUGGCACUUUGCCAACCUGGAAUUUGCAAAUGCGACGCCACUCACAGCGCUAUCACUAAAACACUGGGAUCAAGAUGAUGAUUUUGAGUUCAGUGGAAGUCACAUGACUGUGCGUAAUGGGUAUUCCUGUCUGCCAGCAGCUCUUGCAGAGUGUCUGGAUAUUAGAUUAAACACUGCCGUUAAACAUAUCCGCUACAACAGAUCAGGUGUUGAGCUUGUGACCCAGAGUACCAAUACACCAUCCAUCACCACCACCCAGACAUUUAAAGGCGUUGAGGUUGUAACCCAGAGUACCAAUAAAUCAUCCAUCACCACCACACAGACAUUUAAAGGUGAUGCCGUUUUGAUUACCCUACCACUUGGGGUACUAAAAGCUCACCCUCCAGCAGUCCAGUUUCAUCCAGCACUGCCUGAAUGGAAAAUGGCUGCCGUACAUCGCAUGGGAUUUGGAAACCUUAAUAAGGUUGUCCUGUGUUUCGAUCGUAUCUUCUGGAAUCCAGACACCAAUCUCUUUGGCCAUGUUAGUGGUACCACCCUGAACCGCGGCGAGCUGUUUUUGUUUUGGAAUCUUUACAAAGCGCCUGUCCUUAUUUCCUUGGUCGCUGGAGAAGCUGCUAACAAGCUAGAGAACGUUGCUGAUGAUAUUAUCGUAGGACGAGCAGUUGCUGUGUUGAGAGGAAUAUUUGGUCCAAGCAAUGUACCUCAGCCUAAAAAAUCAGUAGUGACACGAUGGAAAUCAGAUGAGUGGUCCCAUGGUUCCUACUCCUAUGUUGCUGCUGGCUCAUCUGGUAAUGACUAUGACUUAAUGGCCUCUCCCGUCGCCCCGCCUCCCAUUUCAGCAGUCACCCCUGGCACUCCACAGCCACCAAACCCACCACGAGUGUUCUUUGCUGGAGAACACACAAUAAGAAACUACCCUGCGACAGUACAUGGUGCCUUACUCAGUGGAUUAAGAGAAGCUGGCCGAAUUGCUGAUCAAUUCCUUGGCCUUCCAUACGAGGUUGGACGGGUCAGCCCACCAAUGCAACAAACUCGGUAACCAUUAACCUUGCUUGUCCAGAAUCCUUGUAAAAGACGAUCUACUUGAAAAUCUUGUAUCUUUCAAGAAAGACUUAAGAAAAGUGAAUAAAUAAGAUACUGCCUUUUGCAUUCCAUUCAAAUGCAAGUAUUUGGAUCUAGAUUUUCCAGAUUAUGAACUUUGCCUUCUUUUGUCUCAUGUUGAUAGUUGAAGGCAACAACACUUUGUUUGUUACUUCUUCAAGAAAUUUGAAGUUAAAGCUGGCAUAUAUUAAAUAGCAUUAUUUUGCAUCAUGCCUUACUGAAAUUUUCAUAAACAUGCAAACUCUGUGUCUUUGAGUUGCACGCUAAAAUUUGGGUUUUCGCUGCCUCCAGUCAAAAAUAUGAAAGGUACCAACUGAUUAAGUUUGAUUGACGGCAGCAAAAAACAAAUAACAGCGUGCAGCUCACAGAAACAGAGGUCUUAUGUUGAUGAAAAUUGCAGUAAUGGACCUAUAGUGUUAUCAUGAACUUCAAGAUGCAGAUAUGCAAAACAGUCUUGCAGAUAAUGCUCCCAACAAUGCCAGUACUCAUUGGUCUUUAUUUUGACUCAGAAUUUAUUGCAGGAAUGGCUGUGGUAGAUUUCUUUAUAGUAGAUUCAGGUUUUCUAACUCUCACUCUUGACCAACAUGUAUUAGCAUAAGAAAAUUUUUGGGCCUUAUUCUUUCCCGCUACUUGAGGAGUUUUAAACAAAGAAUCAAAGAAUUAGAAUAAUAGUUAGAGUGAAGUUAUUAAACCUCUGAAAUAGAUAUUAGA